GGAGCUGCUUAGCGCUGCCGUCAGACACGGCAUGCCAAACGGCGGCAUCGUGUGCAGCAAUGUCGCUGGCCAGCCCUCGAAGAGGGGCGACGGUCUCCUGGAUUACACCCCAAAAGCCGCGGGUAAACAUGGCCUUCCGAUGUUCAACGUGAACCGGACCUUCAUGCACGAUGCCGCGUGGGAGGCACUCUUGGACGGGCUCGAUCACGUCCGCCCGACGAGGAGCGCUCAGGCGCGUCCGCAAGGUCAGUGGGAUCGGCGAGACACGCGUCGGUCUCGAAGUCCAGCGCGAGAGCCGAGAUCGUACAGAGAGCGAGGUGAACAAGGUCACCGAGGUGAACAAGCUCGUGGGCAUCGGAGAGACGAGCGUCGGUCUCGGAGUCCAGCGAGAGUGCCGACAGAGCGUGAAUCAGCGCAGAAAACCAUUCGUCAGCUGCUGAGCGCUCAAGCGGAAGCGCUGGAUCGAAUCUCCAAGGCCGAAGAGGAAAUUCGACGCCUGGCUGAAGAUAAACUGAAGGCCAAAGAGAAAAUUCAAUGCCUGACUGCAGAGAAUCUGAAGGCCGAAGAGAAGAUUCGACGCCUGGCUGCAGAGACUCUUAAGGCCGAAGACGAUCGACGCCAGGCCGAAGAGUAUGCAGAGCAACAGCGUUUGCUUACUGUUGCUUUGACGGAGGCUUUGAACCGCAAUCUUACACCUGCGAGUCACGACCAAUCUCGUCGCCCCGACAGCCGGAUGAGAGGCCGGGCGGACAGCCGCAUCCCUCCUGGAAACGACCACUUUUUCCGUCAUUCAAGCAACCCAGACGCAGGUCACUUGGGACAUAUGCGAGUCGAACCUCCCCCUGCACCUGGAAAGGGCAGCAAAGCGCCUGAAAAGGGCAGCAGCGCGCCUGAAAAGGGCAGCAGCGCGCCUGAAAAGGGCAGCAGUGCGCCUGGAAAUGGCAGCAGUGCGCCUGGGAAUGGCAGCAGUGCGCCGGGAAAUGGCUACAAGAAGCGCCGUCGUGGCUGUCGUGGCGGUCAAAAAAGGAAACAUGGUCGUCGUGAUGGCGAUGGUGGUGGUGAUUGAGCAGAGCAAGCGGAUAUUUCGCAACAAGAAUGGCCUUUCAGGACAUUAUGGUUGCAUGCUUUCAACUGCAUCUCGACUUGUGCUGGCAAGUUCCAAUUUGCGAGCACAAGUCUUUGCUGUGAACCAGAUCACGAUGCUGGGUAGCUAGCAUAGCGCAUAGCGCAUUUGCAAGCAAUCCAAUGAUGUGUAAUUUUCCUUUGAAUUUUCCUCUCUUCCUCGCAAAACUCUCUUUGCCUUCUUC